GAAAAUUUUCUUUGCUUUGUGCACUAUACGUAAAUAUAACAGAGCAGCCCAAAAUAGCAACGAAUCAUCUAAAACGCCUUGGAAUGAAUUCUGAAGAGUAUAUGACAUUAGGAAAUAGUACUGAGGUAUGUUGUAGAGUUUGUCUGCAACUUGAGGAGUUAAUGAUUCAUAUUUACGACGGUGGUGUUAUUGAAGACUUUCAAACGGACCUAAUCACUUUACUGGAACGCUGUGGAGGAAUCAAGGUAGAAAAAUCGGACAAUCUUCCAAAAUUUCUAUGCAAGGAAUGUACGACUGAAUUACUGGUGGCUGCGAAAUUUCGCGAGAAAUGUGAACGGGCGCAACAAUUACUAAAAGUUGUUUCAUGGAAGAACACGAACGGAGAUGUUCGGGAAUGUUUACCAAUAAAAUCAGUAGAUGUAAAAAAUGAAGAACUUUUCACUGAAACUGAGGCUACAUGUGAUUCACAGUUUUUAAACGAUCGUAAUGAUAUAAUUGAAAUUCAUCCAGAUAGUUUUGUGGAAACAAAUUUAAAUGAACAAAAUAUUGAAAAUCAAACCUCGACAAAUACAGUGUUAGAUAGUGCACUUAUACCUGAAAGUGGGGAACUCAUUGAUAUUAAUUUAAAUUGCAUUGAUGUAAUAGAAGAAACCAAUGAAGAGUGGCAAGUAAUGGAAUAUUUUGAAAGCAAUAGCUGUGAAGGAGAACAAAAACAAGAAAUAUAUUCACCCAAUAACUAUCUGACAAAUGAUGUCAAGUGCACAGAAAAUGCUGCUUCACAAAUAAAUUCCGAAAAAAAAUACACAUGCGAUUCCUGCGGUGCAGUUUUCCUACAGGCAGCUAAUCUUCAACGGCAUUUGGAAAAAGUGCACUUCCUAUUACAACCAUAUCACUGUGUCAAUUGUAGUCACACUUUUUCAUCGGAGCAAACUUAUAUAAAUCAUAGUAUUAGUUGUAUAAAAUCCAAUGAUCAUACUACUCUAGGGAAUAACAAUUCAAACAAUAAUACACUAAGUAAAACAUUGCCAACGUCGUCUCAACGAGAAUGUGUAUACUGUGGCAAACAAAUGCAGUCCAACUUCGCUCUCAACAUGCACCUACGUACACAUACCGGAGAACGUCCAUACAAAUGUGACCACUGUCCGAAAGCUUUCAAAACCCAAUCAGCUUAUACAAUGCACUUGAAACGUCACGCUCGAAAGCCAGACUAUUCAUGUUCAUUAUGCCAUAAGACUUUCUAUGAGACCAGCAAUUUGACGGUGCACAUGCGCACGCACACCGGAGAAAAGCCACAUUCUUGCACCUUUUGUCAAAAGCGGUUUGCACGUGUCUUCCUCUUACAAUUGCAUAUGCGGACUCACACCGGUGAAAAACCAUAUCAAUGCACAACUUGUAACCGUAGCUUCGCGCAAUUAUGUGAUCUAAAGAAUCACGAGCGCAUACAUACUGGCGAAAGGAAUUAUAAAUGUACUAUAUGUGGAAAGACAUUUAUAAAAAAGUAUUCACUCAGGACGCAUAUGGAUCGGCAUGCCAUUCUACAACCUGAAGAGGGAACUGUGUCCGAUGAAAAAAUUUACGAAAGAGUAAAUGCCAAAAAUACACAAGUGGAAGAUGAGUCCGUCAAGUACAUGCUUGACAAUAGCAUGUUGGAAGGUGAUAGUUACUUUCUAUCCAAAGCUCCUGAAGACAAUUUUUGUAACCUAUCUUAUGAAGAGGUGCCCCAACUGAAUGAAUCCAAUCCAGACCUUGUCUGGAGUGAUUUUAUAGUUGAGCAUAUAUGAAAUAAGUAGUAAUGUAUGUUUAUAUCUAUGUAAAUUAAUAUUAUUUAGAGAAAUAUACGAAAUACAAACAUUCUUAUAUCAUGGCCCUCUAUAUACUUA